CAUCUGCGUCGUCUUCCUGUUGUGCAUCAGUCUACUCUCUUCCUCAAAGGUUUUGAGCUCCAGAGAACUAUGUCUCCCCUACCCCUUCUGCGGCAUCAAUUGUAGCAACUAUGGGUAAUGCUUACCAACCACCGCAAAAUGGGUUGAAUUUAGGCCUCAGGGAAUGAACAACUUUUAUUCCCCGAAUCACAUAACCUUAAUGGGCCCGAUCGGUUUAUUAACAGCCGUCAUGGUUCAUUUGGGAAUUCGAGUCCCCAGUUUCUGCAGACGCCGUCUGCUCACGGGUCCCCUGCUUUUACUGAUGCUCAGACUCGAGGUUAUAGUGUCAUUGGCGGACGACCGCAGUCGCCGGGAACCCUGGUUCAAUACCUGUGAUGAUACUUUGACUCCAUCUCGGAAUGCUAGUCUUGGCGUUUCACCUUCCUUGGGAUUGUAUGGAAACUCCAUAGGAGGUCAACUGCCGCAAUCACCUUACCCAGGGACGAGCCCUCUCGCUUCUCGCCAGACUGCUUGCUUGUUAUCAUCAAACCAGUCACCCCACCUCACAUACCGCUCGCAUACCUCGAAUGUCGGUCCGCGUCUCACGCAGAGCUUGUUUACCCAGCAAUCAUCCAACUCAUGCCACACCUACCAGUCAGUUCCACCCGUAAUUGCAUGGAGCCAGCCGCCUUCGGGGCAUAUAGUCCUUGCGCGUGAGGCUGCUCCUCGGCCUCUUUGACUGCCAGAAGACCCUCCACCGCUCCAUCCUGAGGCGGCAAUCUGGAGCCUCCACGAUCAAUAUCUUGAUGAUUGCGGAACAUUAUUCAACAGGCAUUCCCUCCGUGGUUCAAAUUGAAGCACCUGCGCCUCCACCGUCUGGGCUUACUGCCGGUUCUGUACCGUCCUGUACCUCCCGUGAUAGGCAGGACUCCAGCCUCUAUGACUUCGUAUACU